CAGCAAGUUAUGAAAAUAUCAGUUGAAAACUAUUUUUUACAAUGGGUAAUAUACAAGUUUGGUGUAUUACGCGAAUAAUGGCACGUAGAGCAGAAAAUAGUCCACUUGUUGACGUGAGGCACAAAAGACGAAAACACCAUCGCUAUUAGCAUCACUCAUAAAGCAAGUCACAAUGGAAGCACUACGCAAAACGUUGAUGCAAGAAGUCGAGAAAUACAAGGCUCUUCAGAAAGACUUCCAGAAGGCAUACAGCUUGCGGCACAAACUGGACACCCAGUUGAAUGAGAACACUGUUGUCAAAGAGGAGCUGGAUCUUUUAGGACCUGAUGCAGGGGUGUACAAGUUGAUUGGCCCUGUACUUGUCAAGCAGGAUCAUGAAGAGGCCAGAGAAAAUGUUGACAAAAGGCUGGAAUACAUCAGCACAGAAUUGAAAAGGCACGAUUCCUUGCUUGGAGAGUUAGAGAAGAAGCAAGAUGCCCAGAGGGAUAUCAUCCGCAAGCUGGAACAACAAAUUCAGCAAUCCAAGACAAAAUAAGCUGGCAAGAUGUGAAUACCUCGAAUAUGUCUAAAUCUUCCUGCUUAUAAAACUUAUUUAAAGUCGA